AUGGGGGGAGACCAUAAGUGCCCGCUCUGUUCGGCAACUUUCACGCGACCUCAACAUGUCGGUAGACAUCUUAGAGCUCAUACGGGUGAUAGACCCUACGAGUGUAAAGAAUGUCCAUUGAGAUUCGCAAGAAGUGAUCUACUCUCUCGACACGUCAACAAAGCUCAUAAAUCACCUGACGAAAAUGCACCUCAAGAUAAGAAGCCUAACAAGAAAGGUAGAAGGAAAUCUUUCCCUGCUUCAGCAAUGAAGAAACCGAAUGCCAACAAUCAAGCCAACGAUGAUAACCAUAUCAACCAAGUCAAGGAUAAACCCAGAAGCGCAAGUUUGAAUCAACAACCACAACCUCAACUUCAAGCUCAAAAGAUGUAUCCCCAUCAUCCACUACUGGCUGGAUCAUCCGCCUCGACAUCAUCAAAUGGACCGAUGCAAGUUCAGACAUGGAGUACAAACCCCUCUCAAGCUUUCGCUACUACUGCAGGAAUGACCAACCUGUCUUCAUCCCCUUACGGUCAAACCUUUGUCAAUCCAGUCACUGGUACUGGUAAUCCCAAUGCUAUCUUAGGAAAUCUCACAUACCCUGCCAAUCCCAAUAACAACAAUCUGCUGCCGACUUUCGAUCCGCCUUUCACAGCGGCGCCAAUGAAGAUCACUGGUUCAGAGCAAGGCUAUUCAUCUAUCGGGCAAGUCCCUCUGAACAAUAGUAGUGGUAUCCUAUAUGAAUGGGGAUUUAAGAAGAGAGCAUGCGAUCAAUGUAAUCACUCGAAAGUCAGGUGUGACUUUGCGGAUCCUUGUCUACGAUGCACUCAUCGAAACAUCAAGUGUUCUUACAACAAGACCCAAAGGUCUCGCACGGCUGGAUAUCUGCUAGUGCCCAGCCACACGACCGCUCCUGCUCAAACAAAUAUGGGUCACAACGACCAAACUGGCAGUGCGAUCACAACCUCACCUCAAUCACAAUUUUCAUCACCUCAUUCCACGGGCAGUCCCGUCGCUACUACCCGAGCUACUAACCAUCAUCAACGGAAUAACUCGGUGUCAUCGCUUCCGGGUAAUUUAUCUGUACCAGCGUCAACCAUCCCACAUCAACAAUGGGGAAGUGUCCCUCAAAUCCAGCAAUCAGCAACGAUCAACAAUUGGCAACCAGUGCAAAGUGGCUUCAGCCAACCUCUCUAUCCGAGCCUCCCCGUUGGAACUGCCCCUGGAAGCAUCACCGGCGAGAUCGUACCAUCUCCUGCUUCCAUGAACGUCCCACUGCAAGGUGCCGAGACUUAUCAAGCACCCACAAAAUAUCAGGGAGGCAAUACCGUAUCUCAGAACGCUUCUCCUCAACAGGAUACAGCCAGCACCCCUUCCUUGACCAACAAUACCACCAGUCCCCCAGAUAUCGACGAGCCUUUCGAACGAAGGAGCAGCUACACUGGGACGACUGGAGGCUUCUUAUCUGGACAAGAAUGGCAGAACCAGAACAAGCAGCUCAAGGGAACAAACGUUGCUCCAACUCUUCAAACUCAUAACAGCGAUCCUGCUCAGAUUGUUCCAUCCAGUUCGUCCCCUGUCCAUUAUUCUCCGACCCAAAGCAGUCAGUUGUCUACCAGCGCUCCUUUCGGUGCAGAAUAUACAUAUCAAUGGCCACCUCAGGCUUCGCAACUCAUCGAUCCUGCCUGGCAAGCCCGUCAAGAUAUCAUUUCUGAUGACGAAAAUGCUUCUGCUCUGAGUUCAUCUGCUCAUUCGACUUUCCUUGAUCUCAACGAUGCUCAGUUCGCUCCUUCCCAACAGCAUCGUCGAAGAUCAAGCGCUGGACAAUGGACCAACGCCUUGGCGCAGAUGUCGCUGCAAGAUAACCUCAGUAGUACGGAGUCUUCAGUUAUCCCUCUACCUGAACCGUAUUCAGCUGGCGGCUCUAUGGGAUCCUCGAUGUCCUCCGAUGGAUCUGCACCAGUUGGGGUUCCUCAAGGCUCGGCUAGACGACCCACGUUCCCCACUUUGACGGGUGUGGCAGAAGAACCUGAAUCGGAAGCUCAACCGAUGCCGAGCCUUUCGGAUGUGAAAGAUCUCUGGAGGUUGUUCAUGGCUGAACCAAUGACUGGACUUACACCCAUGGGCGAGAAGCACAACGAUCUAGAAUUGAACACGAACAAUGGACCUUUGAUUACUCCUCGACCAGGAAUGGGUAAGAGGACAUUGAGUAAAUCCAACUCCAUGCCUGAUCUCCAAUCGCCAAUGAUCAAUGGACCUCAAUUCUUUAACAACUUCCUGAGUGGAUUGACACCUAGACCUGCCGAGCCGCAAAAUUCGUAUCUAUUCAAUCAACAACCUGCUGCCGGUGGGAUGAACGCUAAUGAUGAUGCGGAUAUCGGUAAAUGGAGUAAAGAAAUUCAACAACGUCAAUCGUCUUUCUCCCUCAGUGGUCAACCGAGCAGCAAAUUGGGUAAAAGCAAUUCACAAUUGUCCUUCAACGGUAACAAUCACAAUGACCUCAAGGACAAGAACAACAAGAUGUCGCCACCACAGUCACAAACAAACAGUCGUCAAAAGCCUAAUAGACCAUUACCAAGUGUAGUCCAACGUUCUUCGGCACUUGAACAGACUUUAGCACCGGAACGUAUCCCUUCCUUCGGUAUACCUCAAUCUCUCUUGGAUACCAACAAUAAUCAGUUCAUCCGUCAACAACAUCAAAAGCAACAGAUGUUAAGUGGUGUUCCACCUCAUAUGGCUCGACCAGGAAAUAAAAGAUUGGCAUCUCAGACUCUGGUUCCUGGUGAAAAUGGAAAGAAAACUACUUUUACUCUUUAUGAUGAGAUUGAACCGCAAAUUCAAACUCAAGCUCAAGUGCAAAGUCAUACGAGUACACAGGCGAACUCAAUGUUUUAUCCAAAUUGGAGUUUGAAUCCUCAACCGAUUAGCAAAUAG